AUGGUGGUCUUUGAUGGCCACGAGUACCUCACCGAGGAGGAGAAACGCCUCAAAGAGGAUCGCGAGCGCACAAAAUACUGGAAGAAAUGGGGACCCUACGUCGCCGAACGCCAAUGGGCGACAGUGAGAGAGGACUACAGUGCCGACGGAGACGCUUGGAGCCACUUCCCCCACGACCACGCCCGAUCGCGAGCCUUCCGAUGGGGUGAGGACGGUAUCGCCGGCGUGUCUGAUACGCAUGGCCUACAAAACAUUGGUUUCAGCUUUUGGAAUGAGGAAGACGACUUUCUGAAAGAGCGCCUAUUUGGAUUGUCCAACCCUCAAGGCAACCAUGGAGAGAGCGUCAAGGAAGCCCAUUUUCACCUUGACAAUACACCACACUCCUACAUGAAAUUCUUGUACAAAUACCCCCAGAAAAAGUUCCCUUACGAGGAUAUUAUCAAGGAAAAUGCUCGCCGGUCGCGAAAGGAGAAGGAAUACCAAAUCAUCGACACUGGAGUGUUCGACGACAACAGGUACUGGGACAUCUUCAUCGAAACGGCCAAAGAGACGGAUGAUCCCGACGAACUCCUUUUCCGCGUCACGGCGUGGAAUAGAGGGCCUGACCCCGCCCCGAUUCACAUCAUCCCGCAAGUUUGGUUUCGAAACACCUGGAGCUGGGGCAGAGAGUCAGAGGAUAAGAAGCCUUCGAUUGCGACGCAUACGGAGACCGCCGCCAAGUCAAAUCACCAUGACCUCGGCGAGCGCUUUUUUCUCCUGUCACCAUCGCCUGGAGUUGGCUCAAGCGGAGACGACGUGCUGCCCGAACUGAUGUAUACGGAGAAUGACACCAACUUCAAGGCUUUGUACAAGCAGGAGAACAAGCAGCCCUACGUCAAGGAUGCUUUCCAUAGGUACAUUGUAGACGGAGAGAAGGCGGCUGUGAACCCGGCUCACACCGGCACCAAAUGCGCUGCGUGGUUCAACUUCAACGAGGACGGGGGCGUUGACCCUGGAGCGUGCGCAGUGGUCCGUUUCCGGUUCACCAAGAAGGACAUGACCUUCCUGGACGAAGAGGAAUUCGACGACAUCAUCGAAAAGCGCAGAGAAGAGGCCGACGAAUUCUACUACAGAAUCAGCCCCAUGCCGAUGACGGAUGACCUGCGAAAUAUUCAAAGGCAGGCCUUCUCAGGCAUGAUGUGGACAAAGCAGCAUUAUCACUUUAUCUGGGAUCAGUGGGCUAACGGCGACCCGUCGAUGCCCCCACCCCCGCCGGAUCGCAUAGGAGUGCGCAACUCGCAAUGGAAACACAUGUACUGUGACGAUAUCCUGUCGAUGCCGGACUCUUGGGAGUAUCCAUUCUUCGCAGCCUGGGACAGCGCGUUCCAUUGCAUACCGCUCGCCAUGCUGGACCCCGACUUUGCGAAGAAACAGCUCGACCUGUUCACAAGGGAGUGGUACUGCCACCCGAACGGCCAGCUCCCAGCAUACGAGUGGAACUUUGGUGAUGUGAACCCGCCUGUCCACGCCUGGGCUACCUUCAGGGUCUUCAAGAUUGAGAGGAAGAUGUAUGGACGUCAGGACCUCGACUUCCUCGAGCGUGUGUUCCAAAAGCUACUGCUCAAUUUCACCUGGUGGGUAAAUCGAAAGGACACAGAUGGCAAAAACGUUUUCGAGGGCGGUUUCCUCGGCCUCGACAAUAUUGGCCUAUUCAACCGGUCGGAGCCAUUGCCCACCGGGGGCGUCUUGGAACAGGCGGACAGCACCGGCUGGAUGGCAUUCUUCUGCCUGUCCAUGCUCAACAUUGCCCUCGAGCUGGCCAAGCACCGCCGCAUCUAUGAGGACAUUGCCUCCAAGUUCUUUGAACACUUUAUCCUCAUUAGUGACGCCAUGACUUUCCGGGCGGGCAAGGACGAGAAGUCCCUCUGGAACGAGGAAGAUGGUUUCUACUACGACGCCAUCUCUUGGGGCGGCCCGUGGAUCGAGCAGCUCCCCGUUCGGUCCUUGGUUGGACUCAUCCCUCUCUAUGCCACAACAACUUUGGAACCAGAAUUGAUAAACAAGCUCCCGUCCUUCAAGAAGAGGGUCGAAUGGUUCGUGCACAACCGGGUCGAUCUGGCUGAGAGAAACAUGGCCAGUAUUAGGAAGAGGGGCAAGGGCGACCGCAUCCUGCUCUCCAUCGUCAGCAGGGAUCGUCUGGAGAAAAUUCUCAAGCGGAUGCUUGACGAGGAUGAGUUUUUCAGCGACCAUGGUAUCCGCUCGCUGUCAAAGUAUCACAAGGAACACCCGUACUCUAUGGAUGUCAACGGCCAGAAGUUCUGUGUGGGAUACGUGCCGGGAGACUCCGACACUGGACUUUUCGGUGGCAACAGCAAUUGGAGAGGGCCGAUUUGGCUGUGUGUCAACUUUUUGCUUGUUGAGUCUCUCCAGAGGUUCUUCCUCUUCUACGGACCGGAACUUCAGGUCGAGUGCCCUACAGGCAGUGGCGAUUACAUGCAUCUAGGCAAGGUAUCCGAGGAAAUUCAGCACCGUCUUCAGCACCUCUUCGCGCGGAAAGACGACGGCCGACGAAGCGUCAACCAUGGAGACGAUCGCCUCGACUUCGAUGAACACUGGAAGGACUACCUCUGGUUCUACGAAUUCUUCGAUGGUGACUCGGGUCGUGGCCUGGGCGCGUCACAUCAGUGCGGAUGGACAGGCUUGAUUGCGCGGAUGAUUCACGACACGGGUGUUAACUGCCGUUUGCCGCAAACGCCUCGCACGCCGUCCGUCGCCAUGGCGCAUUACUUUGACGACAUGUUCCAGCGCACCAUCGACAGCGGAACCCCCCGCUCGAACGGCCUGCGGCAUGUCCGCCGGUCUUCGAUAGCCCGCUCCAUAGGCGCCCGCAGUGACUUUGACACGUCCGUCAACGGCGCGGACGACGAUGCUGACUCGGCCGUUCACGACGAUACCAGGUCGAAAGAAAAGGCCGAGGCCGACGAGCACAUGCAUCAUUACAUUGCGGACCAGCUAACGCGGUACAAGACCCAAAACGGCGACUUUGAGCAUGAAGAUGAGUUCGAAACGAAGGCCUGA